AUGACUCAGCUCAUCAAGCUUCUCAUUAUUCUCGCCGCGACCGGGGUAACCCUUGGUGCUCCAGUUAUGAAGCCCCGCCAGCUCGCCGGCGAGGGUAACUUCUUCGAUUCAGUCUUUACCGACACCGACAACGGCGUCGGCUAUGGUGUUGAGAACGCUGAGGAUAACCUCGCUGAGCUCCUUGGUGGGACCGCUUCCAGGGGCAGUGGUUCCGGCGGUGCCGGUGGUAAUCCACCACCUCCUCCCCCACCAAAAAUGGUCAAGAGACAGGGCGAUAAGAUCGCCAACGGCGCUGCUGCCGACUUGAACGCCCUUGGCCUGACCAAUGAGGCAGACUUUGUCAAGACUGACGGGGGUAAUAUUGAUGGGCAACUGACCGAUGAUGCGACCACCCUCGGAGCCCAGUUCGGAGGAGACGAGGAGGAUGUUCUCGAACGCGCCGGCAACUUUGUCCCAAACAAGGUGCCCGCUGCAGGCGCUGCUGGCCAUUGA